GAUCAGCCGAAGAUUGAGGAACCUAGUAGAGGAAAAUAGCCCAAAAGGGGCUAGGACCCUUGAAAAAAGCUGAAACCGGUUUGGCCACCGUCGCGGCUGUCAGAAAUUAUAGUUAAAUAGAAUAUGAGAAAGUACAAUUUUCAGCAGCGGUUUCAGAGGUAUUUCUGCCACGAAUCGGUGCUUUAUCGUCGUUUCGAAGCUACGAUCUGGCUACCAUUAAUGAAAUCACCUGGUAGAUCCUCCGGUAUCUUCCUCUUCAUCAUCUUUCUCCUCGUCGGCGCGUUUCUUUCCACGCGCUUCUUCGACGGCAAUGGUGUAGGUGGCAAUUUAGCUUCGAAACCUAAACUAUCUUCAUCCCACUCAUACCCUCAAAAAAACCUUGAUAUCACCAUAAAGCCCUUCAAGCAAAUCGAGAUCCCACUCGACUGCGCACCCUACAACCGCACACGAACCUGUUCUUCAAACUACCCCACCACCACCUUCGAUCUUGAAGAAAAUCCAAACCCUUCAUCGGCCCCCACGUGUCCAGAAUACUUCCGUUGGAUUCAUGAAGAUUUACGGCCCUGGGCCCUCACGGGGAUCACGAGGGACAUGGUGGAAAGAGCUAAAGAGACGGCCAAUUUUAGGCUGGUGAUACUGAAGGGCAGGGUUUACGUGGAGAAAUAUCAUAAGGCGUUUCAGACGAGAGAUGUUUUUACCCUGUGGGGGAUCCUACAGUUGCUACGGAGGUACCCAGGGAAAGUGCCAGACUUGGAGCUGAUGUUUGACUGCGUGGACUGGCCUGUCAUUAAGACAAUGGACUAUCAAGGGCCCAAUUCCACGGGCCCGCCCCCGCUCUUUCGCUACUGUGGGGAUGAUAGCACACUUGACAUUGUUUUCCCUGAUUGGUCCUUUUGGGGAUGGCCUGAGAUCAAUAUAAAGCCAUGGGAGAAUUUGUUGAAAGACCUGAAAGAAGGAAACGGCAGGAAAAGAUGGAUGGAUAGGGAACCAUAUGCUUACUGGAAGGGUAAUCCUGCGGUUGCUGUAACGAGGCAAGAGCUCAUCAAAUGUAAUGUCUCGGCCACUCAGGAUUGGAAUGCUCGUGUAUAUGCUCAGGAUUGGUCCCGAGAAUCACAGCAAGGGUACAAGCAAUCAGACUUGGGCAGCCAGUGCAUGCAUAGGUAUAAGAUCUACAUUGAGGGGUCUGCCUGGUCUGUCAGUGAAAAGUACAUUCUUGCUUGCGAUUCUGUUACCUUACUGGUAAAGCCCCACUAUUAUGAUUUCUUCACGAGAGGUUUGAUGCCUGUGCACCACUACUGGCCAGUGAGGGAUGAUGAUAAGUGCAAGUCUAUUAAGUUUGCCGUUGACUGGGGCAACAGCCACAAGCAAAAGGCGCAAGGAAUUGGGAAGGCCGCAAGUGAAUUCAUUCAAGAGGAUUUGAAAAUGGAAUAUGUCUAUGAUUACAUGUUUCAUCUUUUGAAUGAGUAUGCUAAGCUAUUAACAUUCAAGCCCAUUAGACCUAGAAAUGCUGUUGAGCUCUGUGCAGAGACCAUGGCUUGCCCGGCACAAGGAUUGCAGAAGAAAUUCUUUAUGGAAUCAAUGGUAAAAGGUCCCACAUACUCAAGCCCAUGCACUAUGCCUCCUCCAUAUGAUCCGCCUUCUCUUCAUGCCUUUCUGAAGAGAAAGGAAAACUCGAUAAAACGAGUGGAAUUAUGGGAGAAGAAUUUUUGGGAAAAUAAAACUAAGCAGACCUAGGAGGUUUCUUUUUUCAAUUUCCAGGUAUACGUAAUUAUAUAUAUAUAUAUAUAUAUAUAUAUAUAUAUAUAUAUAUAAAGAAUUCGGUCAGGUAUUUAUGUAUAUUUAGGAUUCCUUCACUGCUCAAUUACAUGUAUGUCCUAUCUCGGAUGAUAUGAUAUAUCAACAGAAAAAGGAGUGCAUUAAGAAUAAAAACAUCUAUAUGAGUAGCUAAGAUUUCAGAA